AUGGAAACAGACAUCACAUUGGCAAAGACGCCCUCUGUCACAGAGGCUUCACAUACGGACAGUGGGAGCGAACCUAACAGGCCAGAUGCUCAUCGCCCCGCGAGUCAUAGGUUCUGGAGCCGCGAAACCGGGCCAAUAAACCUGACGAAUAACGUUUUCUACGGUUAUUGGGGUUCCGUACUCUUCAAUCUAGGCGCCUUUAUUCUACCAGCGUUGUAUAGUACUCUCAGCAAGUUAUGGGUAGCCCAGAUCGAUUCCAACCAAGUGGUGACGACCGAUGUAUACACCUACAUUGGAGUAAUCGUCGAGGUUUUGAAUGAAGGAUUCCCUCGCUCUGCCUGGUUGCUGAUUGGGGAUAAUGCAACUCGGACCAUGCGCUCGCGCUUGAACCUUGCGUGCACGAUGAUUACAGCUACGGUCGCGCAGGGCUUCGUCGUGAUGGUCAUAUUUCUCUCUUAUCCGCAGAGCCUGGCAUCCGCAUUCGUUCCAGCAAAGGUUCGGCAAGCCUCCAUCACAUACGUGCGACUGUCUUCCGUUCAAUUCCUGACCUCGGCGGUGGAGGCUGCCCUAUCAUCAUCCACACGAGCACUGGACAACCCUGAUGUACCGCUGAUCAUAAGCUCGAGCAAAUUUGUUAUCAACAUAUUACUGGACCUGCUUAUAAUCUCCAGGUUCCACGUCGGACACACCAGGCCAACUGUUGUUCAACAGGCAAUUAUUAGGCUUGUUUGUGAUUGCUUUUCUGCUCUCGCAGGGAUAAUAUAUUUCGCCUAUGUUGUCAAGUAUCGCAUGAGUGAGGCCGCCGAGCGACACGGUUUUGAAGUGACCAUCGCGGCACUUAAGACGUUGGUUCGACCAAGCAUCUACACAUUUACGGAAUCCGCUAUCAGGAACGCCAUCUAUCUCUGGAUGGUGCAUGAGAUUGUACAACUCGGUGAAACUUAUGCUACUGCCUGGGGUAUCUUUAAUACAAUCCGCUGGGGUCUCGUAAUGGUCCCUGUACAAGCACUCGAAGCAUCUACACUCGCGUUUGUUGGUCACAACUGGGGUCGUUUUCGAGCCUUCAAAGAUGCCGAAUACCCCAAAGCAUCCUAUCGGGAAGUUCUACGGAUCCUGCGACCCGCUCUGUUGUCUGGUUCGAUUGCACUCUUCUUUGAGACGGUGCUCUUCGCCUCGCUUUCUGCACGGGGGAUCAGUGCGUUUGCGUUCUAUCUAUCUCGUUCCGCAGACGUAGCGAGAACUGCGCAGACAAUGUGGAAGGUCGUGGACUGGACCUAUAUCUUUUAUGGGCUUGGCUAUCAACUGGCAGCCGCCCUACUUGCUGCAUCACCGCGAUGGUAUCUCUACCGAGCCGUGGCCUCCAAUUUUCUGUGGAUGCUACCGUGGGCAAUCGUGGUUACCAAAUGUUCAUUUCCGGACUCUUCGUCAUGGAGGUAUUAUGCCAUCAUCUUUGGUGGUGCAAACGUUUUCGAUUUUCUGAUUGUCGGCGUAACGCUCCUCCUAUGGCUCUACAGGCUAGGGCAGGGAAAAGUCAAAGCCGCACCAGCAAGCCCUGACUAG